AGCAGCAGCAACACUUGCAACUAGAAGCCAGCCAGCCAGCCACACUACUCACUCAGCAUUAGCAACUAGGUAGGAAAGAAGAUGAAGAGCUUGCAAGGUGAGGUGAAGCUGAACAUCCCUGCAAACAAGGCAUGGGAGAUGUUCACCAACAAUGAGACCCUGGGCAAGAUCAGCCCUGAGAUGCUGUCGGGCGCCGAGUACCUGGAAGGAGAUGGCAGCCCUGGAAGCCUCAGGGUCUUCAAGCUUGGACCUGCACUGCAUCACUUUGUGAAGGAAUCUGUUCAGAAGAUUGAGAAGGUUGAGACGGGCCGGUGCUUCGGCUAUGAAGUGGUCAGUGGUGAGCUGAAGGAGGUCUAUGAUCCCUACCAUGUCACCUUCUCCUUCGCCCCUGUGCCGGGGAAGGAAGAGGAACAGUGUGUAGCUGGGUGGAAGGCUGAGUUUGAGCCCAUCUCCCCCACCUCACCACCACCAGAGAAGGCCAAGGAUGCCGCCCUCGGGUUCCUGAAAUUGUUCGAAACUUGUGAAGCCCAGUAACAUGACAACAAAUGCUGCCAUCAUGAUGGAGAUAAGUAUGAAGAAAUGUGUGGGUAGGACAAUAUAUGGUGUGCUAGGCUUGACAUGUGUAAUAUGUGCCUUGCAUCUUUCUAGGUGUGUGUGUUAUCUUUGUUUUAAAAAAUAUAUAAGUAUGUGUUAUGUCAACUACUGUUAAAAGGAAAUGUAAUAAAUCUGGACUGUUCUCUUAAUGUACCAAGAUAUUCCUACCACCUUCCUUGGGUUCCAUCUCAAGAAUCUCAGGAAAAAAGGGGAGGAUUUAACUAGAAAUUUGGGGACAGAAAAUGUGUCAAAAACAAGGAUAUAUU